AUGUACAAGUUGACUCAGGAGUGUAAAAUUUUAUUCAAAAUUCGAACCUGUUUAAGUUUUAGCCUAACGAUUAAUGAAGGGCUUCCUAAUACAAUCUGCGAGGAAUGUGUAAAUAAAAUUGACCAAAUAAACGAAUUUUGUAUCAAAGUAAAAGAAAACGAACAGACUUUAAAACAUCAUGUACAAAACGGUACCUUGGAAAAUUAUUACCAGCAUUUAAAAAAUGGUAUUUCUAUAAAACAUGAAGAUAAGUCUUUUGGAGAAACCACUGAUAUUAUAAACCACUCUGAAUUACUUCCAUUUAAAGGAAAUGGGGAUAAUAAAUUUACUAAAAAUAUUAAAGUUGAAGAAUCUACGAAUAACGAUAUUGAUAUACCUAUAAACAAUUCAACAGAUGAUGAAGAUGAUACUGGAGCUUCAAAUUUAUUUAUUCACUCUGAAGGCUCCGCAAACUUGGUUAAAAAUAUAACAAACGAAAGAGAAGUAACAGAAUGUACACCCAUGUUAACUAAAGACUCUGCAAAAGCUGUAUUAGAUCGGUACAGUUGUUUGACAUGCAGCAAAAUAUGUCAGACACAUGAUGAGUUACGAGAACAUUAUAACAAAGAACACACAAACAAAGACAAUAAAAUAACGGAACCAACUUACACAAAAACAAUUAUUAAUGGCAAAAUUAUGUACAAAUGUGAUGUUUGUUGUAAAAUGUAUAGCAAAAAGUAUUUAAAAAGACAUUUAUUACAUCACACAGAUGUAAGACCCUAUGUUUGCAAAUUAUGUUCUCGCACUUAUACCACAGUUUCUGAUAUUAUGAGGCAUGGGUUUAGAGUCCACAGCGGAAUCAAAAUGCUUUGUGCUUACAAAUGUGGUUUCAGCUCUGCAUACACGGGAGCUUUGAAAGAACAUGAGGACCGAGUGCAUAAGAAUACAUAUAAGUACACUUGUGAUAAAUGCGGCAAAGGUUUCCAAGUAAAGACCUGGUACGAUCAGCAUCAGAACAUACACACGGGAUUGAAGCCCUUCGUCUGUGACAUUUGCGGUCACGCCUUUCACAUGGAAAAAAAUUUAACAACACAUCGCUGGAAAAUUCAUCCGCAAUCAGACGCAAAACGUCUUACAUGCGUACAUUGUAAUCUCAAGUGCGAAUCUGAAAACACUCUUAACACACAUUUAGAGACUGAACAUGGUGUAACAAGAAAAAAACCUGAUCGGAGGAAAAAGGCGCUAUGCGACUUGUGUGGGAAGAUUUUGAACAGGCCCGAGGCGUUGGUGUUACAUCGUCGGAUGCAUUUAGGCCAGAAACCUUAUAAGUGCAGCAUAUGCAACAAGUUGUUCGCGCGCAAAUUCUCCAUGCAAGUGCACGAGCGUUCGCACUCCCGCGUCAACUCGCACGAGUGCGUGCACUGCGGCAAGCGAUACUCGCAGCAGAGCGCCCUCUACCGACACCAGAGGCAGCAGCACCAAAGCGAUUAA